AUGUCUUCCAUCACACAAGGUCCGAAGUCCUCCCCCCCUCGCAAACCGCCUCAGCGAGCAUCCUCGUACUUCACGUUCCCGGUCCAAUACGCCGUUGGGGGCAUACUUCGACGACUGAACACCGACACAAGUCCGGCCGCGACAGCAAACACGACCGCAAACGAUACUCCGAAUAGGCGACAGUCACAACUCGUGUCGACAGCAAGCUCUAUCUCACACUCGCUUGCCAGUCUUGUGUCGAACACAGCAUCGUCCCUCUCAUCCACAGCAGACUCGGCCGCAGACAUGCAUGGCGCACUCCACAAUCCACACCGCACUGCGAGCCCUUUCCAACCGCCACCUCUCACACCGCUGACCCUACAAGGAUGGACAAGUGGAAUGCGGGAGAGCGGGAAGCUCUUGAACACAGCGUUAGCAGAGGAGAUUAGGCUGCUGGUACCGCCGAGGCUGCAGCUCGUGGACGAGUGGAGUCUCAUGUACAGCUUGGAGCAGAACGGCGUCAGUCUAGCGACAUUAUACAAGAACGCGGACGACUAUAGAGGGAAAAGAGGGGGAUUCGUGCUGGUAGUGAAGGACGCCGGCGGUGGCGUGUUUGGUGCAUACCUCUCUGACGCGCCGCACCCAUCAGCACACUUCUACGGCAACGGCGAAUGCUUCCUAUGGAGAGCACAUGUCCUCAAAUCUCUGCCGGACCUUGCGAACCUGCCUCCGCCGCCAUCAGCAGACACAACAAAUGCCACAAGAAUGACGACGAUUGCUACAACAAAAUCGAGAUCAAACGUGCUUUCGCCUCCAGCCUCUGGAAGCGCAAGUCGGAGCGGAACAAGUACACCGGAGAGGAUACGGUUCAAAGCGUUUCCGUACAGCGGCGUGAACGACUACAUGAUUUUCUGCGAGCACAGCUUUCUGAGUAUUGGUGGAGGCGAUGGUCACUAUGGCCUCUGGCUUGACGACAACCUCGAAAACGGGGUCUCAGCGACAUGCCCUACUUUUGGUAACGAGCCAUUGAGCGACGACGGCAAGAAAUUCGAGGUCAUGGGGGUGGAACUGUGGUAUAUUGGCUCUUGA